GAGGCUGGCGCGGCUCGGCCGCUCCGUGAGAUCUGUCCUUCGUUAGGCGUAGACCGGGUUUACCCGAGACUGGCCUCUUCUCCUGGCCGCCAGGCUGGGGCUGAGCAGGACGGGCAGUGGCAGCUGCCCUCAGGUCUGUGCGUCCAGCCACCUGGAGCCCCGGCACUCCAGUGCUCUCGUGGUGGAGAGGCUGUGCCCUCCUGGUGUGGCAUCCCUCAGAGGGGCCUUGUUCAAGAAGCCAGGGGCAUGAAGUCUCUGAGCGGCUGCUUCCUGUGUCUGCUGCUGCUGGGCCUUGUCCUCCAGGGGGCUGCAAGCCGAGCCCCGCAGCACUCCAUGGAAAUCCGCACUCCUGACAUCAAUCCUGCCUGGUACAGAGGCCGGGGGAUCAGGCCUGUGGGCCGCUUCGGCAGGAGGAGGGCAGCCCUUCGGGACGUCCCCAGGCCUGGGCUGCAAUGCUGGUCCACCUGCCUCCCCCUGGAGGGUGGUGCCAAGUACCCUCAGGAUGGCUGACGGCCCGCUGAUGAAGACCCUGAAGACACGGACCCCAUGAGCCUUCCCACCCACCCUCUUCCUCCCAUGAUAAUAAAGGCUCUGGCCUGGCUUA